UUUGAUCCUUUUUUUUCUCCUUCUUUAUCACUCUCUUCUCUUUAAUCUGCUUAUCUGUCUGAAUUCACUGUUAUUGACAUCAUUUCAAAAAUUUAUUAUGAUUUCUACUUAUAUCUAGCUUUCUUUUUCUUACGCACGAAACAAAAUAUUGGAGGCUACCAUUAAAUUGCACACCACUGAUGAUGGCGUGGUUCGAUGAAAUUCCAUUGGAACAAAAGAUGUCUGUUGAUGAGCUCAGAAAAAGAACUAUGAAUGACUGUACACCAAAAAUGCUUGAAGAUCCUUCUCUGUUUUAUCGGUUUAUGAAAGGCUGCAGUUUUUGUCUCAAGAAUGCAGAAACUAUGCUCAGAAAGCACAUUGUAUGGAGAAGAGAAAAUCAAAUUGAUACACUUCUUGUCGACUUCAAAUGCCCAGAGGUGAUUCAAAAAUAUAUUCCUAUUAGCAGAAUCGGAUAUGAUAAAGAUGGCUGCCCAAUAACAUACUUAGGUAUAGGAAAAGUAGAUGACAUCGGUAAUGUAUAUUUUUAA